GAACCCUUAAACAAUUUGUAAAAAACGAUGCGCGGACGUGUGAAUGCAAUAUAUUACGUUCGUGCAACUGCUGCUCCAGUUACGUCAAGAGCGUUACCCGACGGCGUUGUUCAUGAAUGCCAACGUAAACUCAUUUUGAGAACAUUGAAAAAUAACUGAGAGGAUGAAGAGAGUGGGGAAAACGCGACAUGAUUAAGCAAUGCUUGGACAUUGGAAAUGGAUCGUGUGUUUGUUUGUUGAAACUUUUCUUUUUUUUUUGCGGAUUUACUGCUGAGGAAUUGCUUGAAAUUUUUAGUGAAAGAAUUAUUAUACUGUAAUAGCAUUAUGUACAGAGAUCGACACUAAGUUCUGGUAGAAGAAAUCUUUGACUGGAGAAAAUUUCAGGAGUUUUAGGACUUUCAGGAGGUUUGGAAUGUAAAUGUUAAGCUAGGUCAGUAUAAGAUAAGUUACAGAAUGAAACAGGGAUGGGUGAUUCAAUAUUUAAGAGGGAAAGCGGAAACAAAAAUAUUUAAAGAAUAAGAUGACAUGGAAGUUGGUCGUAAAAAGAGGAACAAGACCACAGUACAGUGAAAAGAUACAUGCAAUGCAAUUUAAAUUUAAAGAAUUCUAACUUAUUGUUAGUUUUAUCAAAGAUUUAAGAUAAAGGGAUUUGGAAGGAAAAAUUUCUGUUUGAAACUUUUAGUUUACAAAAAAACGAACAAGAUUGGAAUACAAUAGAAAAAAAUGUUCAUACGAAAUUGUUAAUCAUAAAGGACUUAAAUGCAAGAUUCUAAUUUAGAUAUACUUAAGAUUCAAGAUGAAAGAAUUUGCAGGGAAAAAUCUCUCUUUUGUCCGUCUCCAUUUUGACACAACGUGAAACGGUGAGAGGAAGAAAAGAUCACGCUGCACGUCGUCGUCGUCGAGAAAUCUGGACUCCGAGCGGUAUUCGAGAAGAAUUCCGAAGCAUCGUGGAUACAAAAUCGCUUGACAUUCUGCACAAUAACUUGCGGUAAAAAAAAAGAAAAAAAACGAAAGAAAUAAAAAGAGAAAAGAAAGAAAUAAUUCGGUCCAAAAGGUGAAACACGAUAUAUGGCUUGACACAAUUUCAGACUCGUACAUGUGCUGAUCGUCCGUCGCAGAUUCUGCAGUUUAUUACAAGAUCGAAGAAACGACCAGAGUCCAGAAUCUCGGAGUUUUUUCCCCUCUCUUCUAAUUCCGGCAUAGUCCUUAGCUUAUCGCCGAGUCUAUACUUAUUGCCACUCGUGGCACCUCUCUGAUGCAAGAAGUGUAUCGGAUAAACGGAGAGAGAAAGAAAGAGAGAGAGAGAGAGGCGUUCGUUAAGCUUUUUACGAUUUUCACCGGAACGAACGUGGUCCAAUUAAUGCGAUUACUAUGCGCCGGAAGCUUCGCGUUGUCGUAACGGACACGUUCAAAUUUUAAUUCGAAAAGAGAAUCUUAAUAGCUCUUUGGGAUUUUAACCUCGUGCUUGGUAAAGAACGCUUCGUGUAGCUAAGUGAUCGUUAAAAGAUAGAAAGGUAGAGGAAAGAAAAGGAAAAAGAAAGGGGGUCGAGGGAGGAGAGUGAAGGAUUCAAGGAUAUGACAUGAAAAGCAGCGCGAGAAUAUUCAUGAAAAAAGAGGAUACUAAGGGACCGUUAACUUUAGAAGGAUCUCCCUUUACUAUUCAAAGCAGCUGGGAGGGAAACAUACGCGGGAAAACAACGACAACGCCACGCUUCACUCUUACAUGCAAAUUACAACGUUUCUAAGUUAACUGGAAACUGACGGUGGUCAGAGGGUUGGAAACUUUUAGACACGUAUAUGCGAGCACACUUAAUUGACAAUUAAGCGGGAAAGAAGCGGAGAGGGGGCGACUUUCUCAUUUAGAAUACCCGCAGCGUGGAGCAGAGGAUCUUACGGGAAAACAAUCUCUCCUGCACACGGAACGGACGGUCCCAGUGAAAAAUUCAAUUGCUGGCUUGAAUCACGUCCCUUGAUAAAGAAUCGCCGGAAAGGAAUUUCCGUUCGGGCGCCAGAAGGGUUCCUUUUUAUUCCUCUCCCUUUCUCUCUCUCUUCUCUUUCUUACUGCUCUUUCUUCGACUGCCGAAAGAAUAACCAGCUCCAGUUUCCUUCAUCCGACGAAACGGAUCCACCUAAAAUUUUUAUUGAUAGACCAUCGAAUACCUCUUUGCUCAAAAGAAAAGUAAUCUCGAUCUUGAGGAACGUUCGAAGGAACCAAGAAAGCGAUCAAUCAUUCAGACACUUGUUACGCGGUUCAUCAAAAGGUUAACAACUGUGGCGAGAGAGAAGUCACGAAGAACUAGAAAGAAACGCAACUAAGUUCGACUUCGAUCUUGUGAGGAAUUAUAGAAAAACUAGCUGUUACGGUGCUGUACUUGUAUAAUUUAGAAAAAAAAAAGAGAGGAAAAGGAAAGGACUGCGUCUAGUAACAAGACUAGUAAUAGACAAGUAGUAAACGGAAUAUAAGACAGCAACUUAUUAGUUAUCAAACAGCAAAAUUGAAUCGAGCAACAAAUCUAGCGACGAUCGUCAAACAAUUUUAAUAAUAUUAAGAUUCUGUCCAUCGAAGUACUUCCUCUAAUAACAGAACUAACAGCAGCUGAAUAGUAAACGAAGUAUAAGACGGUAUUUCAUUAAUUUAGUACUAUAGUCAAUAGAGAAAUUCAGUUGAGCAACAACUCUGCAGAACUUGUCGAACAAUUUUAAUAACGUAACGAUCCUGUCGUAGUCGACUAGUAGACGAAAAUAAGAAACUAUUUCAUUAGUACUUAAACAACCGUACACUGGAUAGAGCAAUUGAAUUGUGCAGCAGGUAUAUUGACGCUUGUCGAGGAGUUUUAUUAAGUUAAGAACAGUGUCCGACGAAAGGGACACUUUUUUUCAAAACGGUGGAAAGGAAGUCACGAAACACGGCGAACCACUACGGUAUCCACUACACGGGCUCGUACGCUUAUAGCAACGGAGCACCGAGCGUGUACAACAGCUAUCCGACGAACGGCGGGUUCGUGCAGUCUCAUCUCCAUGAAGACUAUCGGCCGAUUUACUUUUACGUAGCACAGCCCUAUACUAUCCCGUACACGUUCGCCAAGAGACCGAGGCCAUCGUCGCUGCUGAGGCCAGGCAAACCUCGGAGCAACUGUCGCGUCAAGUUUUCCAAGAGGCUCGGCAACGGCGACUUCUCGCAGAAGGUCAAGCAGGGCGAGUUCUCGAGAAGCCUCAGCCAGGUGCACUUUGUCGAGAGCCAGGGGCAAGUGAUCUCAAACUAUCCGAAGACUGGCUUGCCCCGUGAUCCAAGGAUGACGUCGAUGUUCCGAAGGGGCACGAUCUUUGCUACGUUCUUCCUGUCGUUACUGGGCGGUGGGCUCGUUUGUGCUGCUCUGGUGACGCAACAUUGGGUCGAGGCGCGACCCUUAAGAACUCCAAAUCCUCAAGAAAGUGCUGGCAGAGUUCACUUCGGCCUUCUUCAAGGAAAGAAGGAACUAAACGUCGCUUAUGGCUGGAGGACAUAUCAUAUCUCUGUACCCCAAAUGAUCAAGCAAGAUCCGACAGUGAUGUCCUGGGGACUGUGGAUCAGCACUCUAACAACAACCUCGGCUGCACUUGUCACCGCUGGCCUGGCUGCUCUACUCGCCGUUUUGAACACAGCCACUUCUCCUAGAUCUAAGAUCCUUUCUGACCCUGGAGUAUAUUUUAUAAAUAUCUUAACACUACUAAUGUGCAUGGCGAGUACGAGUACUUGGCUGGCGCAGUAUUACACGAAGCUAUACUUCAACGUGCUUCCAAAGGAGGACAUUGAUAAUAUGUGGACCAGCGAAGGUUCUGCCGAGCUUGGUUAUUCAUUUUGGCUGGUUGUUUGUGCUGGUGUGGUGCAUUUAAUCAGCAUAGCAUUGGUAGGCUGGGGCUCAGGACGAGACAAAAUCGAACGCCUGGAGACAAUUCCCGCACUGGAGGAAAAGACCGCCGCGGCAAUAAUGCUGUAUUGAAUCCCAAGGCUCUUGAGACGAGGACUCAAAGACAGAAGAGAUCCAUUACAAAAAUUACACAGAGUGCUGCUCAUAUUUGUUAGCGUGUGUCGAGGCAACAGGAGUCGAUUAAGCAGAGAGCUGGCUACGAUAUUUCUGCUAUUCGAGAAAAGACAAGUUCCUAGAUGUUUGUUAGCAUACUUAGCACCGUAAUGUAAAAAAAAAGGAAGAGCAAGCACGUUAACGGUAUUACCACUUAAAUCGUGUUAAAGCUUCAGUGUGAAAUUUGAAGAAUGUUAAAAAAAAACCUUCGAUUUAUAUAAUACAAUUAUUGUCCGAUAUUCGGAUCAUGAAUUUGUUGAAACAUUUAAGAAUAAAUGAAACGCGAAAUCCAAACUAAAAUUUCACUAAACCGAGUGCAAAGGUGGAAACACGAUUUUUGUAACGAUCUGAUCAGAAUGUAGUUUCCGGCUGAACGCUUUUAUUUAAAAAAAUAUGACCGCGAGCUUUUCAGACCGCUGAAAUUACCAAGAGUGGAAACCAGGCCAUGUAAUUGAUCGUUUCUACACGGAGUUAUGAGCUUGCACCGUAAUAUUGCGUGAUUCAAAACAUUUUGAACAGUUGAGUACGCGUGUGACAAAGUGUAUACUAUACAUGAUGAACUAUAUCUAUAUUUUCGUGUAACAAUUUCGAGAAAUAUCAGAUAUAAAUAUAUACGUAUACCUAUGCGACAGUGCAUCGCGAUUUGUUUUAUUAUAAUAACAGUACAUUUCGGCCAUCGUCACUGAAUCACGUCGGUCGAUGUCUUCUCUAAAUAUCUUCAUUGUUUUUUCUAAUCUUCCUUGCGUUUGAAAUAUCUAGUUUUAUACGCGCAUUUAUUAAUGCUUAAAUUAAUCUUCCUCCCUUUUUAGAAACUUCUAGCCCUUUUCUUGCGUACAGUAUGAUUAACAAUUAGAAUUAUAAGAAGGGUAGUAUAUAUAUUUCUUGCCGUUUAGGUAAAUGAAACAGAAAAUAGAUAAUAAAUAGUGUGUUCAUGUUUUCUAUCUGUACGUUUGUUGGCAGCGACAAAAAAAGUCAACUUAACUCAAGAUUUCAUGAAUAUUCUGUUCAUUAAGUUUCAUAGGUUGUAAAUAGAAACGGAGUUUGAUACUCUGUAGUGAUUUAUUUAUUACGUAGUAUCUUAAUUAUUAACUAUAUCAUAAAUGUAAUAAAACAAUUAAAAAGACAAUACGGAUAAGAUGCGUAGAUCUUCAUUUAUACCACAAUAAAGAGGUCUGUCCUUAUGUUUUAUGUUUCAAAACUUUGUUGCAUUAUUAUAUAAUGCUAAAUAUCGUUGCUUCGGGUGAGCGCCGAAGAUUACUUUACGUAGAUCUUUUAACCCUUUGCGGACGAGUGUCGGCAAAUAGCCGCCUGAAUCUGUUCACAGUUUCGGACAGUUAUUUUGAAGUGGACAUUUACUUUUUCUGAGCGAUAAUCUUAAGCAUAUUUAUGCAGAGAUAUAGUAAACUAAACAGUAUUAUGUUUUUGAUGAAACAAAAUUAUAGAUCUUUAGAAAUCUUAUCUCCCGUUUAACGUAAACUGCAGGAUGCAUGCAGGGUGAUGGUCGAGUCAGAACGAAUUUCAAUCUUUCAAUGGCAUUACCAGAUGAAUCAGAAAGCUUUUUAUAUAUUAUUUAUAAUACCUUAUACACGAUGCCUAAAAGUUCCAGAAAGGACAUGUUCGAUAGUGAUAGUAGUGAUAACGAACAUUAUUUUGAACCUGACAAGAUAGAAGACGAAGACAAUGCUUCAGACAGUGGAAACGAACUCCGUUCAACAAUGAAUCGGCUCAGACGUUUCAAUAUUUCUAGUAAUAGUGACACUGAUGAUGAACUAAAUAUUAAU